CAAUUUUCAUGGCUGUCAAGACUUUUCAUGCUUCGAGAUUUAUCGGAAAUUAUAAUGCAGCUGAGAUCUGCAUGAUUUGAGCUUCUUUUUUUAUUUUCAAUUGUUCACGAUCCAGUGGACACGCAAUCCGUGCACAUUCAUAUUUAUUUCAAUUAUUUCACAAGUUGAUGAAACAUUGUAGGUGGAACAUAUUCGUUUCGUAUUAUUCAUAUUCGUCUCCCUUCAUAUAUAUAUAGCCCAUACCAUAACUAUUACAUCAACCAUCUAACUAUCUUCUUCCAAAGUCAUAUAUUCUACAUUCAACCUCUCAAACACUUCAUUUUUCAUAUAUAAUUAUAAAUAAAAAUAAAUAAAAAAGAUGGCUACUGCUAACCAUUCUCGAUCAAACAGUUUCCCAUCUCAAUCUCAUCCGGCAAUCGAAAGCAUUGAAGAUCAUUUGUGCAGAUUUAGGGCCGACUCAGAAUCCACUUCUGUGUGUUCUAACUUGGCUAGCCUCAGAAAUCUACACGAAGGCAUCAAUGAUUUAAUUCAAAUGCCUUCAAUCCAGCAAACACUUUCUCAAGGAAAUUGGAUAAACGAGUUGCUUGAGGGAUCUCUCAAGCUCGUCGAUCUAUGUGCUCUUUCUAGAGAGAUUGUUUCGUUGACCAAGGAGUCUGUUCAAGAUCUUGAAUCUUCAAUCAGGAGAAAUAAAGCCGAGACAGCCACAUCAUCCGAUGUUAGUGCUUAUGUGGCAUCAAGAAAGAAGAUCACUAAGAUGGUCAACAAGAGCAUCAAGAAUUUGAAGAGCUUCAACCACAAGUCUACAACUGAUAACGAAUUAUGGACAAUGAUGAGAGCAGCAGAGUCCCAUGAUUUAUCAGUUCUAAAGUCCGUCUUAAUCAUAUUGUCUGGCGAAAACGAAACAUCAACCAAGACAAGUUGGUCGUUGCUUUCGAAGUUCACCGCCCAAAACAGGCGUGUUUAUUCAGAAAGUGUCGCUGAGGAUUUGAGUUCGUUGAACAUCCAAAAGUCAACAAAAAACAUAGAUUGCAAAAACAUGUUGAAGCAAUUGAAAUCAUCGGAGAUGAUCAUUCAAGAAAUCGAAGAGGGAUUAGAAGCUCUGUUUAGAAGUUUAGUCAAAACUAGAGUUUCUCUUCUUAAUGUUCUCAGCCAUUAG